AUGAGCCUGGUUACUGGGUUUGUGUGCUCAGGUCUCAGGAGCUGGCAGCUGGGUCUGGCAGGUUUCUUGGUGCAGAGCUGGGGUUCUAGUGGUGGUGCCUGCCAUGUGCUGAGGCCAGGUGGAGUUUUUCUAAAUUCCACUGGUGCUACCCUGAAGCAUGUGGAGUUUUGGUCACUUGGACAAUACCUGCCUCCCUGGGGCUGCACCAGAGAGGGAGAUCUGGUUGGUGGAGGACACCUGCUCAUCCAGGGCUUUUCCAGAGCAUGUGGUAGUUCUCUGAGCUGGAGCCUGCCAGUUCUCCUGACUAUGCUAAGCAAGAAUCCACUGGUUUUGACAGCUAUUUACCUCCCAGCAACAAUAACAAAAAUAACAUCUAAUGACAUGGCAUUGGGGCUCCUUUUUCUGUUUCAGACUGGAUUUGGGGCCCUGGGAAACUCCUUCCUCCUGGGCCUUUAUACCCUCACCUUCUUCAUUGGUCCCAGGUUGAGGCCCAUAGACUUGCUUCUCUUUCACUUGGCCUUUGUCAAUAACUUGGUGCUUCUCUCCAAAGGGAUUACUCAGGCAAUGGCUGUUAUGGGGCUCAACAAUCUCUUGGAUGAUGUGGGAUGUAAACUUGUGUUUUACCUUCACCGAGUGGCUCGGGGCCUCUCUCUCAGCAUUACCUGCCUCCUGAGUGGCUUCCAAGUCAUCACUUUAAGUCCUAGAAGCUCCAAGUUGGCAGAGCUCAAAGCCAGAGCCCCAAAGUACAUUAUCCCCUUCUGUUUCUUGUGCUGGACUUUUCAUCUGCUGACAAAUUAUUUUGUUCUUUCAUACUUCAAAGGCCCAAUGGGAAGCAAAAAUAUCACUGAAAGAAAUGAUUUAAUUUAUUGUUCUGCUACAAUUGAUGUUUCAUUUAAUGUUGCACUAUAUGUAUUUAUAAUUUCCCUUCCUGAUGUUUUAUGUGUAGGAAUCAUGGUGGGGACCAGUAUAUAUAUGACUUUUUUCUUGUACAGACACCACCAGAGAAUCCAGUAUAUUCAUGGCAAUAAUCUCACACUUGGUAGCUCCCCUGAGACCAGAGCCAUCCAAACCAUAGUGCUGUUGGUCAGCAUGUUUGUAUUUUUUUACUCCUUGAAUUCUAUUUUAACAUUGUAUAUGGAGUUUGGAAAAUUGACUUUCUGGCUGGUUCACAUCUCUGCCUUCCUUGCUGCCUGCUUUCCAGCUUGUAGCCCCUUUGUUCUAAUUGUCAGUGACUCUCAAGUCACCAGUACUCUUUGGCUCUGUGGGAUAGAAUAA